UGCAUACCAUAUUCAUUUCAUAAAUUAUUCAGAACACACCUACGUUCUCCCGAUUGCCGGCGAAUAACUGCGAAGAUCCGGUAACCGAGAUCCAGAUAUGGCCGAUAAAGCCGCCGGAGGGCAAGAACACGAAUCAUCGUUUAUUGAUUCAGUGAAAGAGAAGGUCACCGAGAAGUUUCACGGAAGCGGUUCUUCGUCGUCGGAUUCUGAAGGCGAAGGCAAAGGAAAACUCGCAUCCAAGAAGGAUUAUCCCGUACCGAUCAAAAAAAAGGUUCAAAGCCUCUCCUGGAAGGAGAAGCCUGUUCACGAUCUAUUAGGAGGCGGCAAACCUGCUGAUAUACUUCUAUGGAGGGACAAGAAGACAUCUAUUGGUGUGCUUGGUGUUGCCACUUUGAUAUGGGCACUUUUCGAAUUGAUUGAAUAUCACUUGCUUAGUCUACUAUGCCACACUCUAAUUCUAGUCCUUGGGAUCCACUUUCUGUGGUCAAAUACAUUCAACCUCUUCUACAGGUGUCCACAAUUCCCAGAAGUUGCUAUUGACGAAGAUACUGCUCUUAAGAUAGCCUCUGUCCUUAGGUCUGAAAUCAACAAAGCUUUGGAGGUCCUUAGGGAAAUCGCUUCUGGAAAAGACUUGAAGGAAUUCCUAGCUGUGAUUGCUUGCUUGUGGAUUGUGUCAGUUGCAGGAAACUGGUGUAACCUCUUGACGCUGGUCUACAUAUGUUUUGUUCUUCUGCAAAUGGUGCCUAUAUUAUACGAGAAAAACAAGGGUCAAGCUGAUGUUUUACUUGAGAAAGCGGAGGGUGAAUUGAAGAAGCAUUUUGAGGUUGUAAGUGAGAAAGUUUUGAGCAAGGUUCCCAGCAGAGCAUCCAGGGAGAAGAAGGCCACAUAAUUAAUAAACUGAGUAUUAGACUCACAUUCACUAAAACGAAUUGUUCAUUUAUUGUGAUUAUUAUGACCCA